AUGGAACCAGACAGCACCUCAGACUCGGAAACAGGAAAUCCUACUCCCACUGGAUGGUGGAGAAGGCAAACAUACGACUACUGCAGCUAUUAUCUGGAUAGUGAUGGGAUAAUCCAAAAGAUAUAUCACAGCCCAGACGCAGAGGAAUCGAGGACAAGAGGACGAGCGAAGACUCCCCCUCCUCAAAAGGGAGCUCUCAAGAAGACCGAAACCCCCAGCUUUGCCAAGGACGCUGAUAGGGGAUCUACCCCCGUCAGCUUUAAGCCUCAGGCACGGCCUCCAAAGUACUUUUUGCAAGGGAAUCUUCGUACGAGCAAUGUUACAAACGACACGUAUGGACCGACGAAAUUGGAGACGAAUCAGUUCAGAUCGCAUGAUAGUGAGGGGGAAACUGCCUGGCACUCUAGUCAAUCACCAAAUGACCUCGACGCUCCUUCCCCUGAGACCGCAACUCCCAGACUGUUAGGGACGAUAUAUGUCCACAGGAAUACCAGAGAUGGGGGCUAUCAAAUAUGGGUUUGGUGCAGUCACGAAGGUACAGAGCGGGGGUUCUGGUGGCGGCCUGUAGAUCUGGAGAACGAGCAGUUCACACACCCCAAAAUUACAACAAGUGAAGGUUGGUACAUAAUCAUGGAUGCAGAAGAAGAGCCACCUCAUCAUGGAGUAUAUGCUCUAUCGCCGCGGGCAUCCAACUUUCCACUGGCAAUGCACUCUUGGAGGGAUGACAACAAGGACUUCCAACUACAGAACACAAGCUCAAGCAGUACUCCAAGGCCUACCACGACUGAUAUCGAGGAUCUGAUAAUUGGAUUAACGACAAGUGCGUCCAUCUCAUCAACCACUGAUACUCAAAUCCUCAGAAAGAUGGACCCAGCCAGCACUCCGAAACCCACCACAUGUGCCAUUGAUAGUCAGAUACCCGAGUCUGCAGAGACUGCUCCCAUGUUGUUGAGCCCUGAAGCUCCAUGUGGGCAGAUGAUCUCAGCCAGUCCUUCGGAGGGACCAGGUCGUCCGGCAGAUGAACCGGGUCGUCUUCCUGAGGGACCAGGACAUCCUUCGGAGGGAUCAGGACGUCCUUCGGAAAGCCCAGAACGCCCAAAAUGGUUCCAAAACGUUGUUAUGGUUGAUGACCUUCAACUCUCCCGGAUUUUGUUCAAGGCGGGUGCUCUGAUUUACCUGCUCUUCCUCAUCAAAGUGCUUCAGAAGAUCUAUGCAACAUUUUGGAGCCAACCCCUUGCUGUUGCUGUUGGAAAUCUGACUUUGAGUAUUGCGUUGUUCCUUCUGAUCCAAUACCAUCCCCCGAUGCCAGUCCAACUCAAAGUCACUAAAAAGGGUCCUUCACAUGUGUCUCAUUCAUGA